AUGAAGACCAUGCACGGUGAAAAGCUAAAGCCUAUCGCCAGCGCAUUCUCACCCCGAUUCAGACAAUGGUCACGGUGCCCAUGUCCUACGUACGGGAACACAGUGUUUCAAAAGGCGCCAGCCGUGCUCAAGCAUGUGUCUCGAUGCGCGAAGAAGCGAAAGCGGCAGUACCCAGAUACACGACACCCAAUCCAUCAGCUACUUGCUUGA